AUGCAGCCGCAUUCAUCAAAAAGACAUCUCACGCCUGACGGUACCGACAUCCACUAUAUCUCAUCUGGCAACCAGGGAGGCCAUCUCGCAGUCUUGUUACAUGGGCUAGGCGGCUCAACAGAGACAUUCCGAGACUUGAUUCCCUUCCUGCCGCCCGAUUAUCACAUCAUCAGCAUAGAUCUCGAAGGAUUCGGAAAGACACCUCUCAACCAGGGAACGUCUCUCUCAUUUGCCCGGUAUGUCUCCGACUUACACGAUCUCAUCACAUAUAUUCAGGAACAUCCUUCAAACUCGGCAUCAGGGACGACCAACAGUUCAGGGGACGAAGGGAGCAAAGAAUCCGUUCUCCUCGUCGGUCACUCCCUCGGCGGUAUCAUCAGCUUGCACUAUGCAGCCCAGCACCCCGCCAAAGUGGCAGGACUUUUACUUCUGGGCGCAGGCCGUUCCGUGAGAGGUAUUCCGCCGGCACAGCAGCGCAUGCGUGAUCUUGCGAAAACAGCACGCGAAAAGGGUAUGGAUGAGGUCGGACAGAUCGCGGUCAAGACGAAUUUCCCAGCGGAUCGUGUCAACGACAGCGUGCACGAACAGCAGGUUCGUGACGCUGUGUCCUCUUGCUCUGCUGAGGCAUAUGCAGCCACGGCAGAACUAGUUGCCAGCGACGACCACUAUGACCCCGAUUACAGCCUGAUCAAGAGUCCGGCUGUGUUUGUGGCCGGUGACAAGGACAUGAUCAGCCCGCCGCAGAGGUCAAAGGAUAUCAGCAGCUUGGUGGGAGGGCCCUCGGAAGUUGUGGUAGUGAAAAGUGGUCAUCAGAUGAUUCUGCAGGACAUCGAGGGCGUCGCAAAGGCGCUCGACACGUUGCUUGGAAUGUUAUGA